UCGUGUGGAAGACCUGCGCUCGUUGGCGUCUUUCACAACGCCAGAAUCGCGUCGAGUCGCCUCAUAAAUCGCCGAUCUUUUCUCACUCGCCUCGCUAUUUCAACUCCCUCGUUCUCUUGCUUUGAGGAGGUCAACUGUUUUUUUUUUCCUCCCAACCCAAAAAACAAACCGGCUCUCGAUCUCAAAACGCCAUUAAAAGAAAUCCGAUUCCACAAACCCUAACCCACGUUCACAUCUCCCUAUGGUCGAUUUCUGAGAGAAUAUUCAAAGGGGUGAGGAAAAUGGAGUUUCCACAUGAGCAGAUGAGGCAUGCGAUUUGAAGAAUGGAAACAGUGGUGAUGACUUUCAUGCUUUCUUUUGUCUGAUGGAUUAUCUUCUUAACAUGUGAUGACAGAAUAGUGUGUCUAACCAACAAAGUUUUCAAACUGCCCUAGUUGCGUCUUGCUCAUGGGUUCAUUUGUUAAGGAGAAGACCGCCCUUUUCGUGGCAGCCGUCCAUUGCUCCUGAUGGUUUUAAUUUAGUCACCAUGUCGACAAUUUUCUUCACGGCUCUGCGUGUCUCUAAAUGGUUGAAACUCUGUCUUUUGCACCUAUGCGGGAUCUACACUUUCUGUUGAAGAACGGACAUCCCUGAAGAAAUUGGUUAUCUCAAAGUCAAAAGAUCCACCAUUCCUUCCAGAAGCGAUGCAAGGAUCUGAGGAAAUCACUGAGUCUUCUGGUGAGCUUAGUGUUAGUUUUGGCUAUCAGUGCAAUAUGAACCAGAACAUCUCUUCUGAGGUACCCCAUGAGUUCGACUUUCCAAUGGGGAUUCCGAUCCCAAACCUGAACAUCAGGUCGAGGAGCAGUUCAUUUUCUUGUCUGUCUGGUGCUGCCCUCAGUGCUAAUGCUACUUUGGCAAACACCAACAUUUGUAAAGGUCUCAUUGGAGAAGAAAUCCUGCCUGGUCUUGAUUCUCCAAGGUCAUUUAGAAGGAUGGCAUCUUCUCCCUCUCUUUCUAGGUUAGAUCUUGUAUCAUCAUCUUCCCAUAGCAGCAUGUCUACCUUGGGUGGCAGCAUAUCAACAGAGAAUGAUGUGCUCGAAAGCGGUCGAAUCUUAUUGAAACCCAUGAGCGCUCCUACAAGGAUUGAAUCAUCAAGCUUUCUUAAUGCUGUGGAUGUCCAAAUGGCUGGUGGAGCUGCAGGGGAAGAUCGUGUCCAAGCUGUAUGUUCUGAAGAAAAUGGAUGGCUAUUUUGUGGGGUGUAUGAUGGAUUUAAUGGGCGGGAUGCAGCUGACUUUCUGGCAGGAACCCUGUAUGAGAACAUUGGGUUUUACCUGCAUUUGUUGGAGUGGCGUACCAAGCAGCAAGCCGGUUCAUCUAAAAGUUCUCUCGAAGGUUCAUUAAAAGGCAAUACUGUCAAAAGUGGUUUAUCCAAUGAAUUUGAGACUUCAGACACUGAAAGCAAAUCAACCAUGCUUCCCCAUUAUCUGGAUGAGGAGUUCUCAUCUGAAUCUUUCCGUCUUGGAGCGAUCGAUUGCCUUUGUCGUGCCCUUGCCCAAGCUGAGAAUGAUUUCAUGUGUAUGGUUGAACAGGAAAUGGAAGAUCGACCUGAUUUAGUCUGUGUUGGAUCCUGUGUCCUUGUUGUGCUUCUUCAUGGGAAGGACCUGUACAUUCUAAAUUUGGGUGAUAGCCGAGCUGUACUGGCGACUUGUAAUUCUUGUGAAAAUGGUUUAUUGAAAGCCAUCCAACUCACAGAAACUCAUUCUGUUGAUAAUGAGAUAGAGUGCAGGCAAGUUUUGGCUGAUCAUCCUGAUGAUCCUUCAGUCAUUGUCAGCGGAAGAUUGAAAGGAAAGCUGAAACUAACCCGUGCAUUUGGAGUUGGUUACCUGAAAAAGAGCAAAAUGAACGAUGCACUAAUGGGCAUUCUUCGAGUUCGCAAUUUGUGCAGUCCACCAUAUGUUUACACCCAUCCAUUCACCACAAGUCACGGAAUAUCAGAGAAUGACCUAUUUGUUGUUCUUGGGAGUGAUGGAUUAUUCGAUUUCUUUAGCAGUGAUGAGGUUGUGGAGCUAGUUCAUCUGUUUAUCCGAGAUAACCCAUUUGGUGAUCCCGCAAGGCAUCUGGUUGAGCAGCUUGUGAUGAGAGCUGCUGAAAGUGCAGGUUUUAGUACAGAAGAGUUGAUGAGAAUACCUGCUGGGAGGAGGAGAAAGUAUCAUGAUGAUGUGACUGUCAUUGUAAUCAUUCUCGGAAAUAAGCAGCGGACAUCAACGGCAUCGACAUCGACAUCAUUGUAGGUAGAUUGGAUGCAUUUUACUUUGUCAAUUUUAUUUUAUUUUUAAAUCUGAACUUAGUUUCUAUUGCUUGCUUAGUGAAUUUGCGUGUUUGCAUCUGUUGAUUUUUCACAAUUUACAAAAACAUCUGAUGUAAAUUGAAUGUAUAGUGCUUUAAUUUCAUGAUAUAAGAGCUCUGAUUGGUUGGUGGGUGAA